AUGGUUCAAGCAGUACCCUUAGAAAACGGCGGCCCAGUCAACGGCCACACGAACGGCAACGCAAUGGACGCCGAACACAACGAGAACACCCCGACUCUGUCGACGCUGCCCCCUCCAGACUUCAACUGGCAAAUAUCCCUCAAAGACAAGGUCAUUGCAAUCACAGGCGCCAACAGGGGCAUUGGUCUCGGCAUAGCGGAAGUCUGCCUCGCCAAUGGAGCAAAAGUUGUCUACUCGCUGGACCUGAUGGACCCUUCAGAAGACUUCGAGGGACUGGCAAAGAAGAACCAGGGACGAUUCAAGUACAAGCAGAUGGACGUGACAGACGAAGAGAGCGUCAAGAGGGUGGUCGAUGAGAUCGUGGAGGCAGAAGGCGCCAUCCAUGGCAUGGUAUGCAACGCAGGAAUGACCAAGCACCAACCGGCUCUGGACUUCACCAUGGACCAAGUACGCAAACUGUUCGAGCUGAACGUCUUUGGCGUGUGGAACUGUGCCACGGCUGCGGCGAGGAAGUUCAUUGCCCUCGGCAUCAAGGGUUCGAUCGUUUGCACUGCUUCCAUGACCUCCUACCGACCCAACCGUGCGGCACCCUCUGCACCAUACGGAGGUACCAAGGCUGCUGUCCGCAACAUGACACACACGCUUGCGAUGGAGUGGGCGAAGCACGGCAUCAGGAUCAACAGCAUCAGCCCUGGAUUCGUCAGGACCGCUAUGACAUACUACGUUGAGACUGCACCAGACUGGGAGACCAAGAUGAAGUACUACGGAGGCAUGCCGAGACUGGCCCUGCCUCAGGAGUUGGGAGGAGCGUAUGUCUACCUGUUGUCCGACCAGGCAUCGUACACGACUGGCAUUGACAUUCCUAUCGCUGGUAUUGUCGGAGCGUGGUAG